CUCAUUCACUCUAGGGUUUUCCAAACAGCGUAGUGGGCCUACCAACUCCGAAUCCAGCGACAACAAUGGCGCCAACUGUCGAGUCUGUUCAGUGCUUCGGCCGGAAGAAGACGGCCGUCGCCGUCACCUACUGCAAGCGCGGCCGAGGCCUCAUCAAGAUCAACGGCUGCCCAAUCGAGCUUGUUGAGCCGGAGAUCCUCCGCUACAAGGCCUGCGAGCCCAUCCUCCUGCUCGGCCGCCACCGCUUCGCCGGCGUCGACAUGCGUAUCCGCGUCAAGGGAGGCGGCCACACAUCCCAGAUCUAUGCGAUUCGCCAGAGCAUCGCUAAGGCCCUCGUCGCCUUCUAUCAGAAGUACGUCGACGAGCAAUCCAAGAAGGAGAUCAAGGACAUCCUUGUUAGGUACGACCGCACUCUUCUUGUGGCCGAUCCCAGGCGUUGUGAGCCCAAGAAAUUCGGCGGUCGCGGUGCUCGUGCUAGGUUCCAGAAGUCCUACCGUUGAGCGAUUUAUCGUCAGUAUGCUUCUAUUCAUCCGUUUUGGUCAUGUUUCUGCGAGAUUUUGUUUUAGUUUUUUGGCGACAUUACGUUUACAUUUGGUGAAGUAAGUUGUUUUGGAUUAUAGUUAUGCGUCUUUAGUUAAUCGAAACUUCAAUAAUUAGGUGUUUUAUUUUAA